AUGUCCCAUUGCGUAAUUCCGACAUUAACUUAUGAAAGUGCAAGCACUGUCUGCACACCAGCCUAUCCUCCACCCAUUUAUGCAUUCUUAGGAUUUUUUGACGCGAUAGCAGCUUUCUUUGCCGAUGCACACAGCUCCGAGUCGUAUCAAGCUCUUAGCCGUGAAGAAGAGGAAGAGCUUUUUGGAGAGGUGCUAUCUGAAGAAGAAGAGGCCGAAGGAAGUGACCCAUUAUGUCGUAAUGUUUCCCCCUCAACCGUGGCUACAUCAUCAGAGUUCCAGGAUGAGCAUGGGGUUCUCAGUAGAGCUAUAGCUGUUCCGACUUUAUGGGCUCCCGUCGUCGAGACUGCUAGUAGUCAAAAUGUUCACCGAUCUACUCAAGAAAACUUUAUACAGCCGCAGGCUGAAUAUAUAUAUUCUUCUCAUCGGGACCCACGACAUCUACCAGACCCAAGUUCUGCCACGCGGAAUUUGUUGAAUACACAAAUGCCCGUUCUCAGAGGGAAGGCUCCAUCGAAGAUUCGUGAGCAUCCUCAAAAGAUUACCCAGCAGGUUUUGGCACCAGAACCCUCCGGUUUAAGCACCAUGUUUUCACAGCGACAAGAAGCACUUGGCGUUGAACCAGCGAGACAAACAUCAGUGCUUAAAAGAAAGGCCGAAGAUCCCGAACCUACAUCUCGGAAGAAGCAAAAUCGAGCCAAACCAACGCGCGGCAAAUUUGCUGCUGGAAUCGCGGAAAAGAUAGACCUCGUCUGGACUCCCCUUCAUGUCGAUAAAAGAGUGAUCCAAAAUAGCCCUAGUGACCUAGACACAAGUAUCCUCGACAAUGCUCCUACAUUCAACUCAACAUUCCAUGAGAUUCCAAGGACCAUAUCCCCCAUACCCCAAAGGACUCAGAAUCUUUCUACCAACCGACCUGCGAUUUCUGGAACAGCAUACCAGUGGCUGGGGCCCGAUUAUGAAGAGGAGGCCAGAGGCCGGUCUUUUUGUGGCAAUCCCCGAGCUCAACUAACAGAGCUCGAAAUAAUGGGAAUCUGGUAG